UUCACAAGACACGUUUCGGAGUGAGGACGGCGUUUUUUAUCUUAAAAACCGAAAAAUGAAAUAUAAUAUCAAGCUGCUGUCCAAAAAAUCCGUAGUCCAGGUGGAUCUGUCGGGCUUCGAGAGCGAGGUGUUCUUGCCCCGAAUCAUUCGGGGAAGAAUUACAUUGCAGAACGUGGUUCGUGAUCGGAGGUGCUGCCCAAGGGCCAAAAUCGAUAAGGGCAACAGAAUUAACAGGCGUCUAAGGCUCAUGGUCCGGCGGACAGCCACUAAGAUCCGGGACCACCAGCUCUCGCCCAGCCUGGCAACUGCUUCUACUAGCCGCCCAUCGACGGAACAGCAGUUUCCAGAUUAUUCAGAUGAUGAGGAGUCGCAGCUUCCAGAUUACUCUGAUGAUGAUGAUGAUAAUGACGACGACGACGACGAUGAUGAUGAUGACGAUGACGAUGAUGAUGACGAUGGCGAUGAUGAUGAUGAUGAAAGUGAAAGUUCCUCCGAUAGCGAACAAGAAUCAGAUAACUCAGAUGAUAGUGAAAGCUCCUCGGAGACCGAGAACCGUGUGCUAAUUCAUGAACCCCAGAGGAAGGUAUCGGUCGCAAAGGCUCCCCUGGACCUGAUCAGUCAGCCAACUCCUAUUAUCCUGAAACCGUUUCCGGCCAGAAGGGCUCCUCUCCAGCUCAUCUAUCCUCCAAAGAUACCGAACACGAAGGCUACCCAGAAAGAUUUGCCGGUCACAAAGGCUCCCCAGGACCUGAUUCAACCGAAGAAGUCACCGAACACGAAUUCUACCCAGAAAGAUUUGCCGUUCACAAAGGCUCCCCAGGACCUGAUCCAACCGAAGAAGUCACCGGACACAAAGGCUACCCAGAAUGAUUUGCCCGUCACAAAGGCUCCCCAGGACCUGAUCCAACCGAAGAAGUCACCGGACACGAAGGCUACCCAGAAUGAUUUGCCGGUCACAAAGGCUCCCCAGGACCUGAUCCAACCGAAGAAGUCACCGGACACAAAGGCUACCCAGAAUGAUUUGCCCGUCACAAAUGCUCCCCAGGACCUGAUUCAACCGAAGAAGUCACCGAACACGAAUUCUACCCAGAAAGAUUUGCCGUUCACAAAGGCUCCCCAGGACCUGAUCCAACCGAAGAAGUCACCGGACACAAAGGCUACCCAGAAUGAUUUGCCCGUCACAAAGGCUCCCCAGGACCUGAUCCAACCGAAGAAGUCACCGGACACGAAGGCUACCCAGAAAGAUUUGCCGGUCACAAAGGCUCCCCAGGACGUGAUCCAUGCGAAGAAGUCACCGAACACGAAGGCUACCCAGAAAGAUUUGCCGGUCACAAAGGCUUCCCAGGACCUGAUCCAACCGAAGAAAUCACCGAAAACGAAGGCUAGCCGGAAGGAGUUGCCGAAGAAGUCACCGAAAACGAAGGCUACCCAGAAAGAUUUGCCGGUCACAAAGGCUCCCCAGGAACUGAUCCAUCCGAAGAAGUCACCGAACACGAAGGAUGCACUGGGCCUGCGCCGCCCAUCGCCCGGACUGCAACAUCCAGAUUAUUCUGAUGAUGAUGAUGAAAGAUCCUGCGAUGCCGAGGUCCGUCAGGUAUUUGAGACGAAAUUACCGGUCCCAAAGGCUCACGUGGACCUGAUCUUUCCUCGCAUAAAGGCUCCCCAGAAGAAUUUAACGGUCGCAAAGACACCACCUGGCUGUAUCCGCCCUGGUCAUGUUUCCCAGCCGAAGAUACCGGCUACAAAGGCUCCUCUGGACCUGAUCCGUCCGAUUCCCCAACGAACCUACUUGGGUAAAAGACCUAGCCCAACGGCAGACGACUGGAACCUUCCUCAGAAGAAGCGCAACGCACCGCUAUCCCACACCGAGAACCCCAAUCCCACCUCGAAGAUGCGCAUGGUGCACCCUAAGUUGACCGACCGCGUACAGACUAAUAAUCAAUUGAUCAAUGGGGACGAGGCGAUCAAAGAAAAUCAGGUGGAAGUCAAAACAAGGAAGCAGUUUAAGGCCUCAUCGACCACGGCCUAUGACCUCUUGACCAAUGCGACGGAGCGGGACAUGAGCCCAAAAUUGAAAGAAUUGUUUACUGCCUGUGGGCCAUGGCAGGACAGUGCCUUUGUCGGGAUAUGCACUGGUCGGUGCUGCCGACCUGGAGGUUCAUCUCUAGGGCACCAAAGCCCAGUGGAACAAGUUGCUGAGGGGGCAGCUUUACUAAAUAGGACCAAUAGCUCCUAAAUCGCAGAAACUUAUGGAUUCCAUUGCAUUUCAAAAGGUGUACAUGUCAUCCACAACAAACAUAAUAUAACUUUAUAACUGAACUUAAGUUCUCAAACUAACUUAAAAAAUAACUGGCUGUUAGAAAUAAGAUCUCUGAGAAAUAAGGCUGCUUUUUUCUUUAAAGAAAAAUAUAAAUGAAGUGCUCAAAACAUGUUUUGGGAUCUUAUUUUAUUUUUUCUUUUAUCAAAUUUAAACUUGUUUUUACCAAAUAUUAAUUGAAAAAUAAAAAAUUACCCGCUCUGAAUUUUUUCAAAGGCUACUUCAAUCAUACGGAAAUAUAUAAUAU